UAUCAAUCUUGCCUCUGUAAUCCUGUUGUAGUUGUUGACUUCUCUAACCGUAUACUUUCCGUCUGGCUACUGGCAUCCACUUUUAUCUCAAUCAACAUUAAAAUGAAGAAGUUUGUCUUAUUGUCUUUGCUCCUUUUAGGUUUCUCUGAAGGCAGCUUCGGCAAAAGUUUCAAAGGAUCUGCAAGAGAGGAUUGUAAUUAUCCCACUAUUUUUGAUCCUGCAACAAAUUUGGCUACGUUAAGUUUAAGGAUUCCCAACAAACAGGGACGCGAAAGUGAAUUCCAAUGUCCCAACAGCGACACAGAUUUUUUUCCCGCCGACCCCUUCUGCUCUGAAUUUUAUUACGUAUGUGUGGACGGAAUUGCUUAUCCUCAGGAAUGUCCCGGUACUUCAGGAAUUACUGCCUUUGAUCCAGCCACCAAAACUUGUCGUCCCGUCGAAUGUUGCCGUUGCUACUUCACUUGCCCAGCGUCCGAUCCAAACGGAUUCUUUCCUGUGCCUGGAACAUGUUCAAGCGGUUACUAUGUUUGCGUCGACGGUCUUUACGAAACCUACGAAUGUCCGUUGGGUGCGCUGUUCGAUCCCGUCACCGGAGAUUGUGAACCACCUGCAGAAGCAUCUUGCAACCAACCCUUUAGCUGUCCGUCAACGGAUGGUGUUUUCCCAUACCCAGAUGCGUGCAGUAGCAUUUAUUACAAUUGUACAAACGGACAGGAUUCUAUACAGUAUUGCCCUACAGGCACUGUUUUUGAUCCGGCAGUUUCGAGCUGUGUUACAACUGCUUAUGCUUCUUGUUCACCUGGAGCGACAACGACGGAGGUAUCGACCACGACAGAAGGCGUGUUUGUCUGUCUCGAAGCAGGCUACUUCCCCAUCCCGGAAAAUUGUUCUAUUUACUACCUUUGUAGAGGUGCUGGAGAGGCACCUCUGACUGUUCCAUGUCCUAACGGACUAGUUUUCAAUCCGGAUACAGCGCUUUGUGACUAUCCAGAAAAUGUUCCGGAAUGUAGCAUCACAGCGGCCGUUGAAUUACUGGUGGGCGGAAAUGUAAGACUUGGUAUCUCCAAACAAGAUCAUCCGGGUGAUGGAUUCAGUUGUAAGAACGAAGAUGGCAUCUAUCCUCUCAAAUCCGAUGGAAGUUAUUCCCGAUAUUAUUUUGCCUGCGUUGGGGGAAUUGCUUAUCCUAAGGUAUGCCCGGGAAUGACUGCAUUUGAUUCCGGGAAAUUGUCGUGCGCAUUGAUUGCCUAAAUAGUGCCGCUGCGGAAACCCCAUAACGUCCCCAACAGAAAAUCGCAUUUUGUCCUCAACUGGCUCGAAGGUAGAGUAUAAUCGGAUGUAGCUACAUAACUACUUGCAAUUAGCUGUUGAAUUGAAUACAAUGGAUAA